UAUGGAGAAUUUGGUAACUCGCUGUAUGAGUUAAGUCUAUUUUUAAUACAUUUAUGGGUGGGCGGGCUUUAAGUUUUUGAGGACUAGGAGAUGGCCAUCAGUUAAGUGAUUGGGGGAAAGACCAAUCCUUUUUGGACUGAACCAUUACAAGAGCGGGCAAUUAAAUGUUGGUUCAAAGAAGACAGAAGACACCACUCAUCUCAGCGCCUACGCCAUUCAACUCAUUGAGUCUCAUCGUUAGGAAAAAUACUAAUAUUCUGUUUAUUUAGAAGCCAGUACGGUGAGGAUAUAGGAUAUUUUCCCUAUUUGCCCCACCUCCUUAGAAAUUGGACUGUUCCAAUGCUCAGUGGGCGGGCUUUGUUGCGCUUCGGACCAAUAAAAGAUGGGUUUCUAUUAAGUGACAGAAGAAAAGCCCAAUCGUUCGUGUCCCAGGCUAACGUUCAAGGUGUGAAGGUGUGGUGAGUUUGCGCGACGUCUCCUCGGGGGUCCUUUGCAGACGCAGGUGGGCGGGCUUUCGAGGAGAUAUUCACCAAUAGUAGACCGCAUCGGCAUUGAAUGAUUGGCGAAGCGGCCAAUCCCAGGCGUUUUAAACUGCUGGAGAGGCGUGAGGGUGUGGCAGGUCGUCGCGAGGCAAGUCAACGCUCGUGUGGUUCCGAGAAGAUUAUUGUGAGUGGCUUGGCCGCGCCAGAAGGAGGGGCCUCCAGGGCUGGCUAGGCCCGAGCCACGCCUUUUCCGCGAGCAAAGGGGCGGGGCUUAAAGGGUGUGCCUCUCCACGCACUCUAAGGCGAGAGAAAGGAAGAAGAGAAGAAAAGGAGGAAAAAAAGAAGCAGCAUCAUGCAUCCCACAAAAAUGCCGCUCCCAGGGCAUGCCUCUAGCCAUAGUUCUUCUCGUGACCAUGCGCCUGGGCAGCCUGUAUAUUCCAGAGGACGGGCCUUGUUCUCAAGGGGCGGGAUGCAAGGAGAGUUGGAGAUGGGGCAACCAGUCCCAGGACGUGAGCGGCAGGAGCCUUUUGUGACUGCUGCAACUCUGCCCUCCAUGUUCCAGGAACUUGGUUUUGAGAUUCCUCCUACACCUGUUUUUGGACGAGGAUUUUUAGGACGAGGCGUAGCAAGUAUCGACACCAAAGUGGUCGCAAAACCACAGGAUGCACAUACACAGUUGAGAGCUGGUCCAGCUGGAGACAGCAAAAUAGAGGGGGCAGUUUGGGGCAGUGGCAUGGUCCCUUGUCAUGGAAGAGGUGACAUGGCUUCAUUGGGACAUAUAAGGGCAGCCGUGGAGCCUGACAGAACCUGUGCAGCUCCUUCUGCUUCCAUCACAGGAGUUCUGCAGCCAGCAGCGUUGGAUCAGCCCAGUCCAGAGACUCCAACAGCAGUUUUUGAUGAACACACAGAGAAAAGAGAACCAUUAAUAAAACAAGGCUCAAGCGGAACAACAGCCCCAUUAGCACUGAACGUAAUUAAAAUCCACUGUCAGAAUGAUGCUGUGUAUCAAUAUCAUGUGACAUUCAGCCCUGAAGUGGAAUGCAAGAGUAUGCGGUUUGGAAUGUUGAAGGAACAUAAGUCUGUGACAGGAGACGUUACUGCAUUUGAUGGCUAUAUUCUCUACUUACCUCUCAGAUUGCCCCCAAAUGAAGACCUGAAAUGUCAAAGGAAAACAGAUGGGGUGGAGGUUACAAUAAAGAUUCAAAUGACCAAAAUCCUGGAGCCUAGCUCAGACUUGUGCAUUCCAUUCUACAAUGUUGUUUUCAGAAGGGUUAUGAGAAUUUUAGAUAUGAAGCUGGUUGGAAGGAAUUUCUUUGAUCCGACAAGUGCUUCUGUAUUGCAGCAGUAUAGGUUGCAAAUAUGGCCUGGCUAUGCAGCUAGUAUCCGGAGGACAGACGGGGGACUGUUUCUGUUGGCGGAUGUUGUUCACAAGGUGGUUAGGAAUGAUUCUGUUUUGGAUUUCAUGCAUGCAGUUUACCAACAGAGUCAAGGGAAUUUCCAAGAUGAGUGUACAAAGCAGCUGAUUGGUGACAUUAUAUUAACCCGCUACAACAAUAAUACUUACCGUAUUGAUGAUAUUGACUGGAAUAAGACACCAAAGGACAGUUUUACCUUGUCAAAUGGAAAAGAGACCACUUUCAUAGACUAUUACAGCAAAAACUAUGGGAUCACAAUCAAGGACCUUGACCAGCCACUGCUAAUUCACAGACCCAAAGAAAAAAAGAAUCCCCCAGGAAAGUUGCAAAGGGGUGAAAUCCUACUGGUGCCAGAACUCUCAUUCUUGACUGGAAUCCCAGAGAGGAUGAAGAAAGAUUUCAGAAUUAUGAAGGAGCUUUCUCAGCAAAUCAACCUGAGUCCUAAACAACACCAUAUAUCUUUGAGGCAGCUUCUGAACAGAAUUCAGAAGAACGAGGAUGCUCACAAUGAAUUGUCACGGUGGGGACUUCGCUUGGACAAUGACAUUUGUAAGGCAAAUGGCCGUGUUCUCCCCUUGGAAAGAAUCAACCUAAAGAAGACCACUUUCACUACCUCAGAGGACCUAAACUGGACCAAAGCAGUCACAAGGGAAGCCUGCAUCUCUGCAAUUCCAAUCCGUUACUGGGCGCUAUUUUAUCCAAAGAGGACAAGGGAGCAAGCCACUGAACUGUUCACAAUGCUGCAUAAGAUCUCAGGCCCACUUGAUAUCCCAUUAACCCCACCUAUUUGGUCAGAACUGAAGGAUGACAGGAUAGAGACUUAUGCCAGGGCCAUCAAAUCAUUACUCAGUAGUGAGAACACCAUUCAGCUGGUAGUCUGCAUUAUCACUGGGACCAGAGAUGACUUAUAUGGAGCUAUUAAAAAACUGUGCUGUGUACAAUCUCCAGUCCCUUCUCAGGUUAUUAAUGCACGAACCAUUACCACUCAACCCGCCAAACUUAGAAGCAUAGCACAAAAAAUUCUGCUGCAGAUUAACUGCAAGUUAGGUGGAGAACUCUGGAGUGUUGAUAUUCCUCUGAAACAGUUGAUGAUGAUUGGGAUGGAUGUUUAUCAUGACCCUGGCAGAGGAAAGCGAUCAGUUGUUGGUUUCGUUGCAAGCACCAACCACACUUUGACCCAAUGGUACUCCAAGGUUGUAUUCCAAAUGCCUCAUCAGGAAAUGGUGGAUAGCCUAAAGGUCUGCCUGGUGGGUGCCUUGCAGAAGUUCUAUGAGGUCAACCACUUCCUCCCUGAGAAGAUCGUGUUUUACAGAGACGGAGUGUCAGAUAGCCAAAUAAAAAUGGUAGAGAACUAUGAGGUCCCACAGCUGCAGAAGUGCUUUGAAGCUUUUCACAAUUACAAUCCUAAAAUGGUCGUGUUUGUAGUCCAAAAGAAAAUAAGUGUUAACAUCUAUUCGGCAGCCACUGAUAACUUCACAACUCCUGCUCCUGGCACAGUGAUAGACCAUAUGAUCACCAGCCGAGACUGGGUGGAUUUUUACUUGAUGGCUCAUUCACCACGACAAGGUUGUGGCGUCCCUACUCGCUACAUCUGUGUACUAAAUACGGCUAAUCUUAGUCCUGAUCACAUGCAGAGGUUGACUUUCAAGCUUUGCCAUAUGUACUGGAACUGGCCAGGGACUAUAAGAGUGCCAGCUCCUUGUAAAUACGCUCACAAGUUGGCCUUUCUCUCAGGACAAGUUUUACAUCACGAACCAGCCAUUGAGCUCUACGAAAAGCUCUUCUUCUUAUAACUUUGGCAGCUAACACAACUUUGAGGCAGCAGUGAAUGCAGAGGUAACUCUUUGGUGGAGAACACAAGCCAGCCUUGAAUCAAUACCACAAAUGGAGGCUCUGUGAGAGCCUUUACAAUCCUCAACAUGAACAGCCAAGCUAUUUCACUAGGAUUUAACCACACUAAAUGUGGAGCUAGUUUCCAAAAGGUACCAAAUCCAUCUGAACAUAUUUUACAGGUAUUGAAAAGAAACGUGCUGAGGAUAUGCAUUCUUUUGGCAUGAAAUGCAGUUUUCCAAGCCCUGUACAGAGUGAUUUGAUACAUUAGAAUUAUUUUGAUCUGUGCAUAAUACUCUAUACCAUGCCAACUUUGUGUUGCCACCUGUAAUUUUUUUUUUAUUUGGUCCCUUUUGGAAAUAAACUCAACAAAUAUUUAAAAUGCUUAUUUCAUUUAUUCUAAGGUGUACCCCCUUUCAUAUAAACACUUCUAAAAUGUGUACAUCUUAGAAUUGCAGGUGCUUUUCUUAUAUAUAAAUAAUACUUUUUUCUGUUGUUGGUACUGAAAUUGGGGUGCAUCUUAAGUGGAAUUGAAGAAAUACCAGCCAGUGUAGUUGAAUAUAAAGAUGCAACUACACUGCCUGGUUGGCAUUUUAGCAACCACUGAAUUCAGUUACUACAGUAGAUGGCAGUGCAGUGCCAAAAAUGAAAAAGUAUGAACAAGUGUGUAAGAUAAUUCGAUUUGUCUCCAUCAGUAGGUAAAGGUGUUCCUUUCUGCUAGCUAGAAGUCUUGAGACUAACCUGAGCCCAACAGUUUUAAGUGAAGGAGAAUAAAUGUUUAUCUUGAAAGAUAUAGUUCUGGUCCUAAAUCUAGAAGAAAAAGAGAAGGUGCUGGGUGGGCCUCAUCAACCUGCUACCUAAUGCAAUGUGAAUGAAGGGCCAGUGUUAGCAUUGGAUGUGGACUCCAUCCAGGGCAAGGUGUGACUCCCAGGUCCUGUCCUUGUGCACAGAGAGCAAGAGUAUUCAUACCCCUGUGCCUGGUUUAUUUGGGCUUUUGUGGUUUCGUGAAGAGGAUGGGACUAAAACACUGGGAUGGAAGGAUGAUUUACCCUUGCCAUUGCCCAGUGUUCUCACUGAAAAUCAUGAGGAUGUGACUGAGAUUUGGGAAAAUGCAUGAGGCAGUGUAGACUCAUAUAAUUCAGUUCAAAGCGGAUAAUCUGGAUUCCGAAACUGGAUUAUAUGGCAGUGUAGAUCUAGUGUGAGUUGCUUGCAGAGCUAAAAGCAGUUUUUAAAAUGACAGUGUUCUAUCUCCUAAAGAACACAAGAAUUCACCAGACUGUUAACUUUCAUGUAUGGGUUAAUAAUUUACUUUCUCUGUCAAUAUGUAUCUCUUAAUAUGCUACUGAUAGUAUGUUAUCCAGUUUUAUUCCCAGUCCUGCCAUAACUGGACUGGACUUUGACUCAGUUUAUCAAAACAUAGGAAACAGGCCAUGUCAGUCUUGGAGCAUUUUGCAGGAUGUAGCUGUGGGAUUUGGAGAAAAUGACAGUGGAGGGAGAGAGCAGGAUUAAUACCAAGGAUUAAUAGUAGUUUAUAUUUCUUUGGAAAAAAUGACAGAAAGCACUGGGUUAGCUUAAAGCACAUUGGGGUAUAGGUUUUUCUGCAGAUAUGAUGCGGAAUAGAAGUAGAAAUGCUGCCUUGGAGAAGUGCUUCUUAUCCACCUUUAUUUUGCUGCGCUUACGUAUUUGUGAAUAAAACAGAUACCGUAAAGUU